AUGGCCGUCUGCCUUCGAUUUGAGCUUCGCAAGUCACCAGCCCUCGUAGGGCCUAGCAGUUUAGCACUCUAUACGGCGGGCGCGGCGACGGAGUUAGCCGUCUUUAGUCCCAAGUACAAACAGCGCCGCCUUUCAGAGAAUCCAGAGGCUGUUGCUCGAGAUACAACCGAAUCUCAGCCGAUCCUAGACCGAGGCCAGAUCCGGGACCAGAUCCGGGACCAGAUCCGGGACCGGAUAAGAGACGAAAUCCGCGACGAAAUCCGCGAUCAGAUCCGAAAUCAGCUCCAUGCCGAGCUUCACGGAAAGUUACGGAAUGAACUGAGGACCGAGCUGCUCUCGGAGAUAUACGAGAAACUGCAAGGCGAGCUUCAAGAGACAGUUCGAGACCAGGUAAAAGAGGAGAUCAGGACACAACUACGUGACUACCCAAGACCGCGCACGAUCUAG